AUGACGUCACAAAGCGAGUCGUCAGACGGUGACAUCGACUACGUCUCCGAAGGUGGAGAGGGGCACUAUAGGUCGCCUACAAAUAAAAAUAGGUUCUCAACCCUAGCGCCGCCAGAGCAGCCUAAGGAAAGGGAGAUGGAGGUGACUGAAGCCCCCAACGACAACGAAGCCGAUGAAGUGGAGUUGGCACAAGUGCUGCAGGCAAAAAAGCAGCAAAUAGAUGCCUACGAGGACCAGCUAAAAAAGCUGAAGGAGGAGAUGGAGCCCCUUCUCAGUGCACUGAAAGCCAAAAUCGAAGCGCGCCGACAAAAAGAGGCAGCUGAGAAGGAGGAAAAAGCAACACAACGGCUGCAACAACAACAACAGCAGCAACAGGCGAAACAAAAGAAGCCAGAAACAAAGCAACAAAAACAACAACCACAGCAGCAACAACAAAAGCCCGCUACCAAAAUCACUGGGGCGGAGCAAAAAAUGAAGGCUUUACCAGCAGGGACAGGCCCAAUGCCUGAGGGCCCAUCCACCUCGAGUAAGGCCAAGCAGCAGCAACAACAAGAGCUACAAGCAAGGCAGCAGCAGCAGCAGAAACAAUUAUAA